CUGUUUUCGGAUGUGAACCAACGGCUUGAGUUAAAGUUUCGGGAACAAAAACGACGCCAAACGCCAAAUGACUAAACUAUUAAAGUGGCACUGAGGCACCCCCUAGCCAUAAUUAUUGGCUUAAGAUGAUCAAGUUGCAGCCAUUGCCGGUAAUAGGAACUGGCUCAUACCACAACUUUCGAUGCGGUGAGGUUCUGUGCAAUAGCCCCACCAGCUACGACAUUUGCUGCUCCUUAUGCGGGCAGCGGCAGCCAUUUGACGAUUUCCCGCAACACUUCCGACUGCAUCAUCUCGGACCGGCGGCGGGGGCGGCGACGGAAGACUGCAAGCUAUUCGAGGCAGCCAUAAAGAUUGAAGAUGAUCCCAUUGGCCACGAGAGCUGUGAGCUUGAUGAGCAUGAGAAUGUGGAUCUGGAGCACAUAUCGGCAAUCGAUGAGGCUCAGGCCGCGGAUGCAGAUUCCCCACCACGCCGACAGCGAGAGACUGCCAUGAAAAACACUCUGGUGGAGACAGAGGAGGCACUUCUGGAAUUGGACCCGAACCCCGAGUGGCCGGACGAGGCCAGCGAGCCAAUAGAGAAUGCCGAAGAAGACGAAGAACCACCCCACCUCAAGGACGACACCAAGGACAUGCUGUUCCAGUGCGAUCAAUGCGAUCGGGCGUACAACAGCAAGCGGAGCCUGCAGAGCCACAGACGGGUCAAGCACAACGACAAGGACGGGGCCGUGCGGAAGCGAAACCGGGGACCGGCAAAGCUCUACAUAUGCCCCGAGCCAGAGUGCAGCCAGACAUUUCGCACCGAGCGCGAUCUGCACGGCCACAGAUGGAAGCACACGGGCAUUUUCUGCGACAUCUGCGGCAAACCGUUCACCCAAUCGGGCAACAUGAUGCGCCACCGUCAGCGGCACAGCGGCAUCAAGCCACACAAGUGUAAGGAGUGCGAGGCCACCUUCUACACCCAGAAGGAGCUUACCUCUCACAACAUUUGCCAUACGGGCCGGAUGCCGUGCAUCUGUGAGGUGUGCGGGAGGCCCUGCCGCGAUCGAGGAGUCCUCACCGCCCACAUGCGACGGCACACUGGCGAGCGGCCGGCCAAGUGUGACGUGUGCGGCAAGGCCUUCUACAGCUUUCACGACCUCAACGUCCAUGCCGUUUCGCACACCAACCACCGGCCCUUUGUCUGCGACGUCUGCGGCUCCACGUUCCAGCGCAAAAAGGCGCUGCGCGUCCACAAGCUGCUCCAUUCGGACCGUAAAUACCCCUGCAAGAUGUGCAACAAGACGUUUGCCCAAUCCGGCGGACUUAACGCUCAUAUGCGCACCCACGAAUUGCCCAAAGGCAAGGGAACUGCUGCCAGCAGCAGCACGAAGAGUGCCGCCGCAAGCCACAAAGUAGUUGGAGGGCAGCUGGAGACGGUGACCAUCGAGUUGAUUGAAGAGAGUGCGCCCGUCUCGACGACAACCAUCACAAUGGCCAUAGACUUGAAUGUGGAGGGGGCGGACAGUCACUCCAAGCAGCCUGAUACUGGUGCCAGUGCUGGCACUUGGCAGGUCUCAUAGACACGGCCAUGCAACUAAGUAGUUUUUUAAGAAAUUAUGUCAUUAAGUAGCUGUCAUGACCCAAGGGGAGUACCAGCCUCUCGCGGCCACUUCUGUCGCGAAGGAAGAAAGUGGCCGAUAGCCGGCACACACCGACUAUAUUAGCCAUAUGUACAUACGAGUAAAACCAUAAGCUCAAGUGCUGAAAUCGCACAAUUGGAAGUGAAGUUAUUAAAACGGCGAACGGAAAACUCAA